AAGUCGGUAUCGAAAGUAUCUACGAUCUCGGCCUACUAGGUAUAUCAAACUGUUUUAGCGUUACUCAAAGCAUUCUUUCAUGCCGGUUGUUGGUCGUAAGACAGCGACACCGUUUUUAUUUGUUACUUGAACGUUGUUUUUAUUAUAAUUAAAUAUUUUUUUUUAUUAAUAAAUGAUGUCUAGUUCGAUCUCUCGGUCUACGUCAGUGAAUAUUUCGUCUACGACGGCGGUUAGCCUUACGACGCCUUCGCUGGCGACGUCACCGGCGACGCACGUUUUGCAAAGUGUAAUAUCUUCCGCGGACGCUAAAGACUUGGACAAAAGUGAGAUAAACGAUGCCGUUACCAAAGUUCUACAAGGCUACGAUUGGACUUUGGUACCUAUCGCUUCAAAAGCAGCAUCCGAUAAACGUAAACUUCAUGUUAAAAGACCAAUGAACGCUUUCAUGGUAUGGGCCCAAGCAGCCAGAAGAAAAUUAGCCGACCAAUAUCCACAGUUACAUAACGCAGAAUUAUCCAAGACUUUAGGAAAAUUGUGGAGGGUAUUAAGCGACAACGACAAGAAACCGUUCGUCGAAGAAGCAGAAAGACUUCGCGUAAUACACAAACGGGAACACCCCGAUUACAAGUACCAACCACGCCGAAGAAAACAAAAUAAAGGCCCGACGGAAUCGAUUCACCAACUGUCUCACACUCAAACAACAACAUAUACACGUACUAUGAAACAAGAAGACUCGCCGUGCAGUCCAAGGAGCCACAGUUCAACAUCUCCCUCGACGUGUUCCUCGCAACCAAACAGCCCUUUGAUUUCUUCACAAUUACUCAAAUCUUGCGAACAACACAACUUCGACCUCGACAGUUAUCAAAGGAUACCGGAAAUAGACAGCAGCUACAUGACCGAUGAAUGCUUGGAUAGCAGCGACUUCGAUCAAUAUCUCCCCAACGAAACUUAUCAACAAUUCCAUAAAGACGACACAAAUAACAAUUACAAAAACAAGAGGUUAUGUACAGAUUCGUCGAUGGCUUCUAGCGACAAUUCUUUCAACAGGUACCACGAAUUGCAACCGAGUUCGGUAGUAAAAACGGAAAGGUACUUGCAAUCUAAUCCAAAUGGUGUAUAUACAUAUCCGCCCGCGUCGUCCAGCUAUUACGCGAACAAUACCCAGUAUUUACCUUCGUAUCAAUAUUUACCUCAGAGGCCCAUGUUCGGCGGCUCUUCGGCGGUUGGGAAUUAUUCUAGUAUCGAUGGAAACAACGAAACUUGGGGACAUUAUAGUGUGUAAUACGAUUUGUUAAUCUAAAGUGAUAUAAAUAGUUAAAUAUAGAAUCUCUCGUUUUAAAUUGCGCAGUGACAAAAAAAAACUUCUCGGAGAUGUUUUAUAUUCGAUACACAAAUUUAUUCGAAUAUAUCAAUCGUCACAAUCUGGCGAUUGUGAUAUCGAGGACUGUUUUUGUAUGAGUACUAAUUUCUGACUAGAGUUUUUUGGUGUCUAGAACCAAAAUUUCUAGUUAAAAUAACUUUGUUGUAAUCAGUGAUCCGAAAUAUCAUUCUAUUGUCACACACUGUACAUGUUAAUAAUAAAUAUGUUGAUGCUCCAAAUCCCAGGGGUAGUGUUAGCUCAUUCAAGGGGUUAUUUUAGGAGUAUUUUGGUUCGAUAUAUUCGCUUCAUUCCACUUCAUCAAAUAGAAUCACCUCCUUUGAUUAUUUCAUCGAUACUUGGAAGAAUUGAGCAAUUGAGCAAGGUUAUCUAAAUGUCUUUUUACAUAGAGGUUAUAUUUGUAUAUAAAAACGACCGAAUACAAUCAUUUUUCUUCAAAGAAAAGCUGCAACGUUUGAUCAAAGAACUCAGUUAAUUUAGCAAAUUUCUGGUCUGGUUCUAUAUCAUUUUUAGUUCGCUCGACGUGUUGAUUUUUGGGACAAGUGUGGGGGGUCCGUGCAGACGCUACGCGGUCAGUAGAGAGCGGGCGUACGCUGGAAGGCUCUCGCACUACACACUCCGUCAUUGUUGACAUUCAGGCGUCAGUCGGCGUUGUGCUAUAACCCCGUGAACAUGUCCGUCAAUUAUUGAUGUUGAAGACGCUAGUGUUGCAUAAAACCAUCGGAGAAUGAGUCGUGUGUCUUGACUUGAUACAAUGGUUAAAGAAAACCGUUGAUUCACCAUUACUGCGUGUACCAAUCUUUUGGUAAUAAAAUUAUUGUUUCAUUUGAACUUGUCUUUUACUUAUAGCGUAUCGGAGGUUGAAAAAAAAACGGCCCUCGUAUCAUAUAUCAAAAAUAAUAUAGCGAAACUGUAUAUUAUAUCAAUUAUGUCAUGACAUUUGUUAUAGGUUAUUGCUGAUCCCUUGUUAGUAUUCUAAAAUAAUUUUGCUAUCGAGAAGUGAUAUUUUAAAAAAUUAAAAAUAAAUCCACUUCUUAUUUGAUAUCAUUUAUACGACUUAAGUUAUCUAUACAUUACUUAUAAUUUUUGUUAAGCGUUCGUUUCGAAAAUUUACUAUUUUGCGUUUCAUUUGACGUGCUUUAUUUUUUGUAAGGUUAUAUUUUUAGAAAAUAUUUUUUAUAAAUUCAGUUGAAUAAAUUUUAUUGAAGCUA